UCGGUCGCCCACUUUGAUGAGAAUUCGGCGCGGAAAAUGUUUUGUGAUUUCGUAUUUGUUUAUGCGCAAGGAAAAUGAAUAAAUAAGUGACGUUAGAAGCAAAGCUGCAAAGUGGUCGAGGAAAACUCGCAUCUGGUUUCACCAAAGGAAAAAACAUUAAAAAGCGCUAUAUUCAUAAAUACGUAAUCAUUCAAUUCAUUUUGGGCAAAAGAAAUGACGUUUUUAUAACAUCAACAUUUUACCUGAGCAUCAAAGGUGAGCAGAACAAUCUUAGCUGCUUGCGACGCUAAAAAACCCAAGUUCAUUAUCAAGUGGGCAAGAGAGAAGAGCGAGCGAGAGAGAGAGAGUGAGCUUUGGUAAGCUUUUUCCAACAUUUUAAAUCACCCAAAAGCAUUUAAGCGAAUUGGAAAUGAGUAACGAAUCGUCAGCGAGCGAGACAACACCGCUGCGUCGGCCGGAAAGUCAGUUGAGUGCAGAAUCAAGCGCUAACGUGGCUAUUAACAACAACAACAAACACGUCACCAUCGUUGGAGUUCCACCUGCACAGACAGCGUUGACUAUUCCGAGCAACAACGAAAAUAACUUCAGUAUUGAGGAGCGUCUGCACAGCAACAACAACAAUCGCGACCAACAACAACAAAACAAAGCUAUGGACACAAACAAGCGCAUUUUGUGCCGAGUGGGACUCGAUGUUUUGAUUUUACUCUGCGUUGGUUUUCCCAUACUUUUGUUCUUUCUGCUUGGGGAUCCAUAUAAACGCGGCUUCUUUUGUGACGAUGAAUCGCUGAAGCAUCCCUUUAAGGACUCGACCGUGAGGAACUGGAUGCUGUACAUUAUCGGGCUGGUGAUACCAGUCGGCGUGAUCCUCUGCAUCGAACUGCUGCGCUCGCGGGAAGAAAGUGCUAAUGGAACGGGAACGUCUAGGCGCUAUGUCUUCAUGUCAUAUGAGAUUCCCGACUGGCUGAUCGAGUGCUACAAAAAAAUGGGUGUAUUCGCCUUUGGCGCCGCCGUCAGUCAACUAACCACGGAUAUAGCCAAGUAUUCGAUUGGCCGUCUGCGUCCACAUUUCAUAGCGGUGUGCCAGCCACUCAUGCCCGAUGGCUCCAACUGCGAUAAUGCGACCAAUGUCGGCAAAUACAUAACGGACUUCAAGUGUCAGGGAGUUGGCUCGUCGGCGCGCAUGCUGAAGGAGAUGCGCCUAUCGUUUCCCAGUGGACACUCUAGCUUCACCUUCUAUACCAUGGUUUAUGUGGCGCUCUACUUGCAAUCCCGCAUGAACUGGAAGGGAUCGAAGCUGCUGCGCCACUUUCUACAGUUCCUAUUUAUUAUGAUCGCCUGGUACACGGCACUGAGCCGCGUCUCGGACUACAAGCAUCACUGGUCGGAUGUGCUAGCCGGCUCAGCCAUUGGAGCAGCCUGUGCGCUGAUCGUGGCCAACUACGUAUCGGACUUGUUUCCGACAAAGCCUCGCACGCAACCGUACUUGCCUCGGAGCUCACAGGACUUAAGCCAGACACGUACAUCGGUUGUUCUUACAACAAAUUAACCCACAAUUUAUUGCAAUAAUCGUUUUAGUAAUCGUUUAGGACACAAAUUCCAUAAUUUAUAAGCCAAACAGGGAUCUGCAAAAUUGUAUCACUUGAUGUAACGGUUAAAACAAAGCCAAGCUUAUGUUUGUUUUUAGUUACAUACAUAUAUGCAAUUUUAAAUUAAUUUAAUUUAACUAGAUGAAUAGCAUUUUAUGUGUGUGUAUCGUGGAAAUCCACUUAAUUUUACCUCGUGACUGCA